GUGCCGAGCUGCUCUCCAAGGGCUGGUGGCGGCCGCCGGCAAACUCAGUCAGUACCUGACAACGGGCACCCACCAGCUGCAGUCCAACCUGGCGCCGGCCAAGGCGCCCGUCCACAUCGACCCGCGACUCCAGAGCGGCGCGCAGACCGCCAAAAAGGUCUCCGUGGGCGCGCUCAAAGUCAGCGAGUAUGUCGUGGGUCAGGUGGGCCGCGGCACGAUGGCGCUGGCCGCCUACAUAGCGCCGCACGUGAAGCGUACGGGCACCCGCAUUAUCACGGGCUCCCGACUGGCCGACGAGAAGGCCGCUGCCGGGAAGAUGGACGACGUUCUGGAGGUGGCGUCGGGCGCCGUGCGCGGCUUCGGCCUGGUGUACACUGGCCUGGAGCGGGCGGCCACGCUGCUGGCCACCAGCAUCUCGGAGAACACGGUGCAGCUGGUGGGGCACCGGUACGGCGCCGAGGCCGGCCGCGUCACAGAGCACUCGCUCCACUCGGCCGGAAACCUGGCCAUGACCGGACACAACGUGCAGGCGCUCGGAGCCAAGGGCAUCGCCAAACGGGUGGCCAAGGACACCGGAAAACACCUCAUCACCGAGCACGAACAGAGCAAGCACGGACCGCCGCCGCCGCGCCCGCCGCCGCCGGCCUAGGGCCGCCGGACGGCGCCAGCGGCCGCGUCGUGAGGCGCUCGGCGAUGCUGUAAGGUGGGAGUAAUGUCACUGUGUAUGUACUGUAACAUCGUAGAUGGCCUUGUUUAUUGACAAAGAGAUUGAUAGCAUCGUUGUGUGGUACGGGCCACAGUGCGUUGGGCUGCAGUUUGGGGCUGCGGCGGGCGCGCGUUCACCGUCCCUCCCCGUUUGCCGAGUGGAGCUGAGCGGCUGACUGGCGCCGCGCCGGGUGUCGGGGCGCCGCGCCAGCAGCGCUCCUCCGCGCUGCUCGGCUUGGAACGCUCCCAUCCUUCCUUUCGGUGGCUGGCGAGGGGCACCGCUUUCAAGCUAUGCAGUAUGUAGAUCCCUCAACGGACAAGUCGGCUUAACUCUAUGAGUGUUUGGAUGUUGGAGGUAGUAUUCCCAUGUCGUUUUAUAAUGGCACGUCAGUGCCUUAAUGUUCUUGUGCGUCCAGUGCUAUGUGCGUUAUCUGCAUAACCUUGCUUCAGACACCGCAAUAUCGUUCGCCCGCCUCUGGACAGGGGUUGGGAAGGGGCCCGCCUCUCUGCAGGGGUUCGGGAGGGGCCCGCCUGUGGACGCAGGUCGCGCGGCGCCCUGUGCUUCCUGUGCAGCUAGUGCUCCGGCUGGCUACAUGUGUCUACCCCUCGCAAACCUCCCGGAUAGUAACGUGUUGGAACAGACGUGAUACUUUAAUGGAUCUGAGAGCACAAUAUCUUAACCAAAUAUACAUCGUUUAUUUUUA